CUACUGCUUUCCUGCUCCCUGGAGGGUUGCUCCCAUCCAGUCCUCACUGGCAAGCUCCUUCCAGACGGGGGCUGCGCCUUCACCAUGAAUUUGGGGGCAGCUGAGGCCUGGGGGGAGACUCCCCCACGGGUGCAGAUCAUCCAACAGCCGAUUCCCCAACAGCCGAUGACAAUAUUUCAGCAGAUCCCUGGGAUCCUGUCUCCUUUCACUCAGCCCGUAAGGCCAGGACAUGUCCGAGAAGAUCUGAUAGAGUUCAUGAUGAUACAAAAUGCCCAGAUGCAUCAGGUGAUCAUGAACAACAUGACGAUGGCUGCACUGACAUCCUUUGGAUUCAGCCCAGAUCCUCCUGCUGCCCAGGUGAACCUGGUCCCCCUCCACACUGAAGAUGAAGAAGCAGAUGUGGUAUUCCACCACCACUAUGCACCAUACCCCACCGCCACUCCCGGCCCCCCAUGGCAGCCCCUGACGCAGCCGCCAGCAUGGGCACAGGAGCCCCCUAGCAUACGCCACGUCAGCCAGGACCCGCACCCAGCCCCAGCAGGCCGGACUCAGGAUGAGUGA